GUGGCGGUGAAGCACUGAGGCGACAGCUCCGUGGAAAGCCGGCGACAGCCACAGCCGGCGUUACUCCGUGGUGGGGCCGAGGGACAGAGGGGACACUGCAGCUGAGCGGCGCCCGCUGCCAUGGGCUCCCGGCACUUCCCGGCCCGGACCGUGCUCUUCGAGAAGGAAUCCAACGGUGUCACGUACCGUGUGCCCGCCCUGCUCUACCUGCCCUGCGUGGCCAAGCUGCUGGCGUUUGCCGAGGAGCGGCUCAGCGCCGACGAUGCCCACGCCAACCUGCUGGUGCUGCGCCGCGGCACCAUCUACGGCAGCUACGUGGAGUGGGAAGACAUGCGUGUGCUGGAGACGGCAACACUGCAGCACCAUCGGUCGAUGAACCCCUGCCCACUCUACGAUGAGUUCACGGGCACCCUCUUCCUCUUCUUCAUCACGGUGCUGGGCAGGACGCCCGAAGCCUACCAGAUUGUCACCGGCCAGAACGUCACCCGCCUCUGCUGUGUCACCAGCGCUGACCAGGGCCUGAGCUGGAGCACGGCCACAGACCUGACGCAGCAGGUCAUUGGAGCGACCAUCAAAGACUGGGCGACGUUCGCGCUGGGCCCCGGGCAUGGGAUCCAGCUGCGUUCCGGCCGGCUGCUGGUGCCCGCCUACAGCUACCACAUCGACUGCAAGGAGUGCUUUGGGCAGCUCUGCAAGACCACCCCGCACUCCUUCGCCUUCUACAGCGACGACCACGGCCGCCGCUGGCGCUUCGGGGAGUUCAUCCCCAACCUGCAGACGGGCGAGUGCCAGCUGGUCUCAGUGGACGAGGAGGACGGAUCCAACGUCCUCUACUGCAACGCCCGCAGCCCCCUGGGCUUCAGGGUCCAGGCGCUCAGCACGGACGACGGGGCCGUCUUCCACAGGGGACAGCUGGUCCAGCGGCUGGUGGAGCCGCCCCACGGCUGUCACGGCAGCGUCAUUGGCUUCCCCGCGCCCUUGGUGUAUGUCCCCGCCGCCCCCCGGGACGCCGCGGUGCCUCUGCGGGGCUCAGAUCGCCGGCUGCUCCCUGGGGCGCCCCGGGGCUUUGGGCCCCUGCCCGCCCGACAGGCGGGAGGUGCUGAGCUGCCCGCCGGCAACCGCCGCGAGCCCGAUGAGGAUUGUCCCGCCCCAGGGCACCACCAUGAUGCCCACAGUGUCACCUCGGUCCGGGAGGACUCUCCAGCAACCCCCGGCCCCACUCCCUUCUUCCAGGCACCAACAUGGAUCCUCUACUCCCACCCCACCAGCUCCAUGUCGCGGGUGAACAUGGGGGUUCACCUGAGCACCUUCCCCAGGGACGCGGAGAGCUGGACAGAGCCCUGGGUCAUCUACGAGGGCCCGAGCGCUUACUCGGACCUGGCUUACAUGGAGCUGCCCUACAGGGACGCGCCGGUGGCCGGCGGCACGGCCGUCGCCUUCGCCUGCCUCUACGAGAACGGGAUGAGAUCUCCCUACGAGCAGAUCUCCUUCAGCAUGUUCACGCUGCACGACGUGCUCCAGAACAUCCCCCUGACGGCCGCUGCUCCCCGGCACGGCCGCGGCCCCGCGCGCCACGGGGCGAAGAGGAGGAGGAGGAGGAGCUGCUUCAUCUCCUAGAGCCAGCCCCGGUCAGCUCCCCCCACGCCCCAGUGCUGCAUCCUGGAGCAGCGACCCAUGGGCCGGGUCCUGCCACCAUCCAGCACGGCCACAUCGCGCAGAGGUGCGUUACUGUCCCCACACUGGGGUUUAUCUCAUUGUUACCGAUGUUUUUUUAAUUCUGUUUCGGUUGGGUGGGAAGGUGUUUUCUCCCAGCCCAGCCCCAGGCUCGUCUCCAAGCAAGAGCCACCUCUGGAAACAGAUACUGGGGGGCCAGAGCAGCUGUGCAGGGGGGAGGCAGCCGGGGGUGCCUCGUGCCAUCCCUCUGUGCCAGGUGGGAUGUGGUGCUCCAGCUGUGCCAUACCUGAUACCACCACCCUGCUCCCAGGGCUUUCCUCCCCUCAUAAACAGCUGUGCUAUAUAAAUGUGGUGUAUGAUGUUAAAUUCUUUCUUUUUCAUGAAAAGACUUUUUCUCAAUGGUGUCAAUGUUCUGUUCCUUCAUUGUAGCUGGGAUGGGGCCGGGUUUUGUAUUUGGGCUGAUGAUAAUGAAAUGUUUGUGUUGCAUUACUUGUCUGUCUGGGCUUUUAGUUUUCUCUCUUCAU